CUUAAGCCGGCACAUCUUAUUUCACCCCCCCCCAAACACCGGUCCCCUGCUUUUCUUUUCUCCAGCUCCUCCUCCUCUCCCUCUCCGUCCCACUCCCUGGCCGAUAGCUUCGUCGAAGGGAGUUCGAAGGCCGCCAUUUCCUCAUCUCAACGAAACUCAUACGCUCAGUGGACCUUCGCCGCACGCCGAGAUCGCCGGUGGUUUUGAAAGAUCAGUUUCUUCAAUUCUUAGUUUAAGAUAAGAUGGUGAAGCUGACAAUGAUAGCACGUGUUACUGAUGGGCUUCCGUUAGCAGAAGGGUUGGAUGAUGGCCGUGAUCAGAAAGAUAUUGAAUUCUACAAGCAGCAAGCUAAGCUUUUAUUUAAGAACCUGUCUAAAGGACAAAAUGAGGCUUCAAGAAUGUCAAUUGAGACUGGUCCUUACUUUUUUCACUACAUCAUUGAAGGUCGUGUCUGUUACUUGACAAUGUGCGAUCGUUCUUAUCCCAAAAAACUUGCUUUUCAAUACCUAGAAGACCUCAAAAAUGAGUUUGAGAGAGUCAAUGGGAACCAAAUUGAAACGGCAGCAAGGCCGUAUGCUUUUAUCAAGUUUGAUACAUUCAUACAGAAGACCAAGAAAUUGUACUUGGAUACUCGUACCCAGCGCAACCUUGCAAAGCUGAAUGAUGAACUUUAUGAGGUCCACCAAAUAAUGACUCGCAAUGUUCAAGAAGUACUUGGCGUCGGUGAAAAACUUGAUCAGGUUAGUGAACUGUCAAGCCGGCUAACAUCUGAAUCUCGCAUCUAUGCAGACAAGGCAAGAGAUCUAAAUCGGCAGUAUAGCAAGGCACAUGGGUUGCUCGCAUGGGACUGGAUACCAUAAGCUUUGAUUCGGAAGUGGGCUCCAGUUGCUGUUGUGCUUGGAGUUGUCAUGCUUCUUUUUUGGGUCAAAAAGAAGAUAUGGUGAUUCCAUGUAUUGAAAGAGUCAAUUGCGAUUUUUGUUCGUCAUAUACAAAUGUAUACAUUUCCAGCUCGGUAAUACCAAUGUUUAGAUGUUGUUUUGCAAGAACCUCUAGACAAAAAACACACUUGGGUGCUAUUCUUGUUUUCGCCUGCCAUUAGAGUACAUUGGAGACAAAUCGGAUGAUGUGCUUAAGCUCUGCAAAUAUUAGUAGAGAUAGUACUAGAUAUUCAAAUGUCAUUUUUUCCAUAAAGAGAAUUACUUAUAUGGUCUGACUUUAUGAAGGCAGCUUACUCCAUAUAAACUGAUGAGGGUAGGCUAAACUUUAUGAGCAGCACCAGGAUUUAAUCGCUCUGGUUAUAUGAUUGAAGAAUGUCGACGGACAUAAAGCUAUCAUGAAGCAUGGGCCUAAGGGGGUCUGUAUGAACUCUAAGCUCAUGUAGUGGUCAAUUUUUGUAAGUUGGCUGUCAGUUUAUUGCUAGAGUCUGCGUUUGUCUAAAAUAUCUAUCAAUGAUUAUCAGUUUUAAUGACGUGUUUGUCUAUGUUAUCAAAUAUUAAUUUUUAUUAAACUAU